AAAACACAAUAUCAAACUUACAUCUUUACGUAUAAUUAUACGUAGAAUGGAAUCAUCAUAGAUAUUACAAGAAGGGGAAAUCUGGUGAUGAUCAUCAGGACCAAAGUUUCACAGAAAUUGAGUCGAUGAUUAUCAGCAUUUUCAAUGAUGCAUAUGAAAAAGAGGAAUGGGAAAAUUUCAAUUCUAUGUAUUAUAGAUUACUUCUACGUGAGAUUGGUUUUUUUGAUAUACCACGCAGUUACAUGAUGGAUUUAUACCGUUUUGUUGAAAGGAACAUUGGACCGACCGUUAAGAAAGUGUAUUAUGGCUUUUGUCUACAAAGAAAACAGUCUGUUAUAGUUAUUGUAAUAGACAACGUAUUCUGCGACAAAAAGAAGACUACAACGUACAAAGGACUACCGAUUUUAUAUAAGCAAUGGAUAGCAAUGACGGAAGAAUCCCUAAAAACAAGGAAAUACGAACGUUAUGAAGAUUCACCCACUUUCAACGAAGAUGUCCAUGCAAAACUCCACCAAUGUAUGAGGCGAAAUAGUGCGAUAUUAAUGAGGUCACAUUCUAAUAUCGAAAUUAUCGGUGCAUCUCCAUACCGAUCAAUGGAAAAGGGAAAAAGGAUUCGAAACGAGAACUGUAUUUUGAUCUACUGCACUAUGAAGAAUGUGAUUCCUUUAGGAGAAACGUUCUUUGCUGAGAACCUAGGGGAAUUUAGAAUUGAUAUUCGAGAAGGAUUCUUUUAUACAUACCCAAGAAGCAUGGAUGCUCCACUAGACCCUAAGGAUCGUCAUUCAGAAUUAAAGAUCGGAGCAGAAAUAAGCAGAGAAGAUGGUAAUUUAAUUGGAACAUUAGGGGGAUUCGUGAAUUUUGGGAUAAGAAAAGAGAUAGGAUUCAUAACUUGUGCCCAUGUUAUCCAUGAUGAGCCUGAAAAGAUGAUUGAAAAUGACACUCGAGUUGUACAACCAAGCUCUGGACCGUCCUGGGAAAAUAAUGUGUGUGGUGUUGUUAUUAAAUCUGUUCAUCCGAGGAGUUCCGAUGCAACUACAGUUGAUGCAUCAUUAGUGAAAGUAGACAGCUCGAGGAAACCAACUAGAAUGUCAUUCACUGGACUGGGAAUGGACAAAAUUGCAAAACUAAAAUUUUCUCCCGAUGAAAUAUACGAAGGUAAAAUUCGGGAGGACGCCGCACUAAAUGCAUCAUGCUACAAAUUUGGGGCAACAACAAAUUUCACGAGCGGUAAACUGGAAUCACGGUUGUUAACUGCGAUUCAUCUAUCUGACUUUAGAGAUCCUGGUCAAAAUUUUGAAUACCAUGAUCAGUAUACUGUAUCAAGCAUCUCUUCAGUAUUUGCUGAUCAUGGAGACUCCGGGGCUUUUGUUUUUCAAUGUAUGGAAAACAGCGGGAAGAAAUCUCUCGAAUGCAUUGGGAUGGUCGUCGGAGGAACGUCUGAUUUCAAAAUAGUGGUUACACCAAUAAGAGAAGUACUCAAUGCUCUUGACUUGCAUGAUACAAAGAAACUGUGUACUUUCGAAGACGAGCAAAUGGAGACGGAUGUAACAGAUGAAAAACCAACUUAAAA